ACAGCCUCAGUCGUUCGUGAACUUCGAAGGACGAUAGAGCUUGAAGAGGGUUAAAUUAAUUUUUACCAUUGAUCUUCUUCGUCUGCGAAUAAUAAGAAAUUUUUCUGCCCAACAUUUUACCUUUCGCACCCAUCACCGCGAGAAUUGCAAACACCGAAUCCAUUGCUCCUUAUUUUAUCCAUUAGCCGAUUUUUUGCACCGAUAAAAAUAUUUUAAAAAAUUCAUUGAACAUCGAGAAGAGUACGAAACAUUUCUUUUUGAAGAUAACGAGAAUGCGUCGCCACAUCGUCGCCACAUUUGUCCUGCUGUACAGCUUUCAAGAAUUAGUCGGAGGCGCUUGUCCACGGAUAUGUCCAAUUGGUGGUGAGCCGGUGUGCGGUAGCGAUGGUAUUAUAUAUGCAUCACAGUGUGAAAUGCGGAAGAAAAUGUGCGGAAAAGUAGUGACAAUGGCAACUGAUAAGACAGCAUGCUUGAGAUCGUCGGGUAGCAAGUGCGAGCACCGUUGUCCAACUGAUCAGGACCCGGUGUGCGGGACUGACGGUCGCACUUAUCUCAAUAAAUGUAUGCUCAGGGUGGAAAUAUGCAGGGUGGGAAUUGAGCUCUCACAUCUUGGACCGUGCAACAAUAUAUCAGCUCAUCGAGAAAAUUGUCCAGUGUCCUGUGAUUUUGCUCCACUAGAUGGACCGAUUUGUGGAAGCGAUGGAAAUGUCUACAAGUCUACGUGCCAAAUGAAACUGCUUACGUGCAGACAAGGGGUAGUCAGAACGAAUAAGAAACAUUGCCAGACAACGAGACAUUGUCGAGAGUCAUGUUGGCGAGGGGCAAAGCCAGCAUGUGGUAGUGAUGGUAUUUUAUACGCUAAUACCUGCAAAAUGCGAGCAAAAAAUUGUGGCAAACACGUGUUCGAGGUGCCCAUGUCCUUCUGCGUGACCAGAGAAAGAACAUCUGGUAGUGUCCCUACCACUUGUCCACUCGAUUGUAGCAAUGAAAAACAUGUUCAAGUGUGCGGAUCUGAUGGAAGUAUUUACAAGAAUGAGUGCGAAAUGCAGAUGCUCAACUGUGGUACUGAUUGCAGGCAAUCGAGAAGAAAAAUAGCUGUUGUUGAUUUUGAUAAGUGUCGAGCUCGGUUAAUGAAAUGUUCGAAACAACAGCAGAAAUGCGGAUCUGAUGUGGAUCCAGUGUGUGGAAGUGACGCUACUACUUAUCCCAACCAAUGCCAUUUGAAUGUUGCUAUUUGCAUGAAGGGCAUACAAUUGGCUCACGUUGGCGAAUGUACGCCCUUGAAAGAAGUAGAAGAAUGUCCUGAUGAUUGCAGUGAUGCCGUGGAGGAACCCAUUUGCGGUAGCGAUGGCAAUGUUUAUCGAUCGCAGUGUCAUCUACGCCGAGAUACAUGUGGCCAGAGGGUAGUUUCAGUUCCAGCUCAGCAUUGUCGGACAACAGCACUUUGCAAUCAAAUAUGCAGUGGCGAGCGCGCAUUUGUUUGCGGUUCAGAUAAUAAACUUUAUCGCAAUGAGUGUGAGAUGAAGAGGGAUAAUUGUGGGAAACAUGUGUACGUGGUACCAAUGAAACGAUGUGUCCAAGGCUUUCUCUUUCGAGGCUGUCAAAAAAUUUGUCCUACCUACUAUGAUCCUGUGUGUGGUACUGAUGGAAUGACUUAUAGUAACGAAUGUUUCCUCGAAAUCGAAAAUUGUCGCAGCACAAAUCGUGUUACAAAACAGUAUCAUGGGGUUUGUGGCCAACCUACUGAAGAACCCAAAAAUUAUUUAUAUUGAAUUAAUGUAAUGAAGACUGGUGAAAUUCGUUCGGAUCUAUUGUUGAUUACUACAUUGACAUUAAGUCCAAUGAAAUACUUAUCAUUAGCGGAAAAGACAGGAAAGUAAAUUAGAAAGAGACUUUUCGAAAAUUCUCUCCAAUUGAUACACAUCAUCAUCGAUUUUUACUAUUUUAAUUCGCUACAAUGGACAACAAUUUUUAUUUAUUAUUAUUAUUAUUAUUACACAAGUCUUGUCCAUUUUCAACGAGUUGAAAAGAAGAGGAAAGCAGACAUUUGCUUUUUCUAACACGUUUGGCUUUACGUUGUGAUGAAUAUUCAUAUAAUUUUUUUAUCAUCUCAUUCUUAUGUCUAGUUACAUAUGCUCACUACGAUUAUGAUAAAAAUUUCGUACUCUCCUUUCCUUUUAUCGUACUGAUUACUCUCCUAAUCAAAUUCGUCAUUAUUUAUUAUCAAAAAAUUGUAAAGACCUUAUUAGUUUUACUUACGAAUGUAUGUGCAUAUUAAAAAACAAUUAUGUUGCUUA